AUGGACGGAGAGAAAAGAAAGACGCUUUUGAGUGCGUGCGUCUUGAUCGCUUUGGUGCCCGCAUGCCUGGCCUCGUACGUGCCGUGUGAGCCGUGUGAUCAGAAGGCGCUGUCCAUGUGCCCACCGGUGCCAGUCGGAUGCGAGGCUGUGAAGGAACCGGGCUGCGGCUGCUGUCUGACCUGCGCGCUGCAGGAGGGCCACGCGUGCGGCGUCUACACGGGCACGUGCGCUGCGGGACUGCGCUGCCUACCGCGCGCAGGAGAGGAGAAACCGCUGCACGCGCUGCUGCAUGGCAAGGGGGUGUGCAUGAACGAGAAGGGGUACAAGCCGACCCGGGAUCAAGAGUCACAAGAGGAUGUCCUGAGACGCUAUCCCCAUGCCAAACGCCCACUUUUCCCUCAAGACCACAUCAGCAACAAGAAGGACCUGGCUAUUCGUAAGGACAGGACAAGACUUCAGUCCAAGUCUAGGAGUAUGGGCCAUAUGGACUAUCCCACCCACAGCAUAGAGAAACCUCAGCCUGAAAUUGGGCUCUGUCGAAGAAAGCUGGAUGUAAUUGUUCGGAGGAUGAAGGACAUGCCCAGGAUCAUGGCCCUAUCUCUCUAUAUACCAAACUGUGACAAAAAAGGCUUCUUCAAGCGUAAACAGUGUAAGCCCUCCAGGGGGCGUAAACGAGGCAUUUGCUGGUGCGUGGACAAGUACGGAGUCAUGAUGCCAGGUACCGACUACAGUGGAGGUGACCUCCAGUGCAAAGACACAGAAAGCAACAACAACAACGACUGAGGGGUCUCUACCCUGGCGAUAUGUCCCUAAACCCAUCUUCUGCCAUAUUCCAUCUACUGCCAAUCACUUAAAUAAUCUGGAAAAGUCUGUCCUUAGGUGAAAUGUAAAACUGAAGUAGACAUGAAAUCUGUAUGCACCUCAUUCGUAUCCUUUCAUAGCUCAUGUAUUUGUUGUGAACCAUUCGACUCUGGGACUCGAAUGUCAGCAAAAAUCAUUAUAUAUUCACAAGUCAAUGCACUAAAAUAUUGUAUAUGAUGUAAUAUCAAAUCAGCAAAGAUUUCAGUACCACCAGUAGAGAAAGCAAUAUUAAAAUCUAUUGUGACGUCUUUAUGAUGUAUGAGUGGUGGUUAAACUCAUUGUGUCUAUGUAGGUUGGAGCACUCGUCCAUAGAUAC